UUGUGUUGAUGUAAUCCCAAGUAGGAUUUUUUGUGUUAGAGUAAUUACAGAGUAGUCUCAUAUUGGAUUUGUUGUGUUGAUGUAAUCUCAUGCAGGAUUUGUUGUGUAUGAAAACGUGCAAUGUGUUGCAGUUUUCGGAUGCCUUUUCUAACUUCUAAGAGAGAUUUGAACUGUUGUAAAACAUGGUUAAGUUUUAGCUUGAUCCUAUUACGUUUUAGUUAAUUUUUUUCCUAGCGCACAGAGUAUGAGUCUAAAAGGCAUGCGUAAUGAAACCUGUUGUUUUAGGUCAAGCAAUACUAAAAUCAUGUGUUUACAUAAUAUGGUUUUCUAACGUCUUUGCCCCCCAUGCAAAUUCCCAAUGCGCAUUUGACAAACAAGAAGACAAACUUCUGUCUGAAUUUAAUAUUUCACAAGUACGCAACUUCACAAGAUUUUGUCAAUGUUUAAAUACAAGAACGGAAAACAAUUGUAUAUUAGAUAUUAACUGCCAACUUUACAGUCAUCUUGACCGCACUAGAAAAAUAAAACUAUUUACUAUACAGCGGAGGAAAGAUGGAACUACUGAUAUAAUCUAUCACUGCAGUUUAUCAAAAAUUAACCGUGUGCACAGUUUAAAAUGCAACCAGGUUGAAGAAACAAUCGACAGAAAAAAUAUUACUAUCAAUGCAUCAUGCAACGAUCCAUGCUUAGAUUGUGCAGAUGUGCAGACCAUAACCACGGGUGUGAAAACUACAGGUAUACAAACAACCACGAACAACAAUAUACGGCAUACCUCUAGCACGCCUUUGAGCAGCACAUUUAGUUCUGAGAGCACAACGACACAGACAACUCUAACUACAGCAGCAUCAACAGCGUACGUCAACAACACAACUAAUAGUUCUUUUAAUAGCAGAACAAAUAGCUCGUCUACAGCCCUUAUUGAAACCACCAAGCCCAUCAAUACAACAGUACCAUGGGAGACAAUCUUCACUAGUCACAGCUCCCUCUGGUUAUCUGUCGUGUUAGUUGUAGUAGGCCUACUAGUGUGUUUGUUUUUACUGUUUCUUUUUGUUAAGUUCCGUACAUUCUCCUUUCCGCGAAAUUCGGUAAAAAUGAAAGGCAAAAAAAUCAAACCUGCACACAGUGAUUGGAACUUGGAUAUUUAUUACUUGGCCAUAAUAAAACAAACUUUAAUUGACGAUGAUAUCCGGAAUCAAGGCUGCGAUACUUUGAAUGGAGUAAUUUAAACCUGUCAAUUAUCUAAGAAUAUUCUAUAUUUAAUAUCUCAUCAUAUGACUGAGGAAAAGCUAGAUAGUUUUAGGGCGUAGGACAGGAAGUGUUUCUUCCAGACUUUUUUCUCUGGAGGGACGCUUGAU